UUUUUUUCCGUCCUCCCCUCUCUACAAACCUUGUUAAAAUGCUGCAGCAAUCGCGUUGUUCCUGGAGAACUCAAACCUGGAAGCGUACAGGCCCUGAUUUAAUAUGUUUGUCAUGUUCAGGGGGUCAGGUAGAUAGAAGCGUAUCAGCCACAGAGGAGGUCUGGGGUGGAGGUCUUUCCUGCAUUUAGUGGGGCCUGUCAUUGUAAAACAAGGGGAGAAGCAGAACAGCCAGGGGAAGAGUGUCAGUCUUUUAGGUCCAAUGAAAGCACAUUGGUAUUUGUCACUGGGAAUGGCUGCAUGUGGCUGCCCAAGGUUACCAAGCUAGUGCUGAGCAAAUCAGGGGACUUAUAUUUAGCCUUGCAAAUGGCGCGCUGUGGAUUAUGUCUUAGGGCUCUCCGGUUUCGUCUUCAGUGCGUUUUGUUGCAUGAAGGGGGGCUGUGGAUCAUGAAGAGGCUUCUAGUCAGGUAAGAAGCAAGUUCAUUUCAUAUUUCUAAUACCAGCUCUACUUCCAUGUUUCCUCUCUUUAUUUCCUCCUUUCCUCACACACAUACACUCCACCAGGGGGGUAAAAAGUGUUUAUGAUCUAACUUAUUUCAGUCACUCUUCUCCUGGAGGUGGAAGGCUAUUCGGAGAGUCCUAAAGACACCAAAGACGACACACUUGAGUUGAACUGACAGUUGGACAGAGGGUGUGCAGGGGGUGCUUUCCACACCAGUAGAGGACAGCCAACGUCAUUGGAUAUAUCACAGACUAUUUCACCAAGCUACCGAGGUUUGGGAUCAAACUCCACCAUGGAUGUACUCGCCUUGGAGGCAAAGAAUGUAAAUGGAGCAGAGCCUGAGAAAAAGUCUGCGCCGAGGCCAAAGCCAAAACCUCAGAAAAAGGCCAAAAGGAUUGUUUACUUUGAGGUGGAGAUUGUGGACUUAAAGACUAAAGAGAAACUGCUGCUAUUGGACAAAGUAAGUGUCAGAAUGAUGGACAGUCUCUGAUUUCACUCGCCUUUUAUAUUGACCAUGAUUAUUUCUGGGGGAGUGAAAACACUUCAUUUGGGUCACACAUGUAUCUGUCUGUACAACGAGAGACCUAGUUACAGUGAAGUCAGUAGAAACCUGUUUAUUUCAGUUCAGGGGUCACUGUGAGCGGUAUUUUCAUAAGGAAUUAUGCACUUCAAACGCAGGCCCGAUCGGUUAUGUCUCUGUUGAACAAAGGUUGUAGUUAGAAGGUGAGAAUUGCCUCUUCAUCAGCAGGAAUUCUCCGUCCCAGCUACAGCACAUGCCAGUGCCGCAUUAGGCCAACUGGCAGGCAGACACACAUGAUUAACAACUUGUAUGAGCGAAUAUGAAUGAACUAAAUGCCUGUCGGACAAAUUCGAGAACAUGUGAAAAUUUCUGAGGUGAAAUCGUAAGCCUGCCCUCUGAUGCCUUCGAUCUUAAGCACGGCUUCAUUGUGAUUGCAGGUGGAGCCGACGGCCACUGUUUUGGAUAUAAAAGCUUUGUUUCAAAAAUCAUGUAAGUAAAUUCAUGUGGAUAUUUUCAGUUUCUUACGCUUAUUUUCACCUUGAGAGUAAACAAUUUCUCUGUCUUGAUAGAUCCAAAGUGGUAUCCAGCCAGACAAUCCCUACGUUUGGAUCCAAGUGCGUGUCCUGGGUGGUCUUGUACUGGAAUUUGUUGUUUCUUUCUGACCUUACACCAGCUGAUUGUUGUGGACUGGGUUGUUUUUCAGAGGCCAAGUGUCUCAGGGAUGAGGAAGUGCUGCAGACGCUUCCUGUAGGAACCACGGCCCAUUUUUACUUCACUGACCUCGGACCCCAGCUCACAUGGGGAACAGUGAGUCAACAUGUGCACAGACACAAUAUUUAGAAUCACACAGAGGCUUUGCAUGGAUUAAUCCAAUAAAUGAUGAAGUCAUGCAUGCCGUGAGUGAGCUAGUACCCAAAGUAUUUUCCUUAUCAUACUUCUAUUCUUAGUCUUACUUCUCAAGUGGAUAAGCAGAAAGCCAAGGUUUGAGUGUGUCAGAAUAGUUAGAGUGUUUCCUCAUUAACCCUGCAGAGCCAAUCAAAAGACAGACGACAAAGCUGUUUAAGAUUGUACGAUCUGCCGGACUGAGUAUCAACCUUUUUCAGUGGAAGACACGAUUGGAUUAUUAUUGUGAACAUUAUUGUGAAUGAAAUGUUUGUUAUUGCUUAAAACCAGGGAAAGAAAUUAGGCUUACCAUGUGAAUCACUAAGAAUUUGCUCCAAACCAACAGAAAAUAGCAUUUUUCGGUAAUGUUGUUUGAUUUUGGUUCAAAUUUCUUUUACUCUCAAUAUAAAUAGGCCGUCUCUCACCCACUCAACAACUCUUGGACAUAAAUAUCAAGCCGCAGUGACGGAUAGCGGUGAUUAGCUUUGGUUCCUCUCACCUCCUGCACCGCCCGUCCUCUGUCCUAGGACAUCUAAUCUCAUGACCUCAUUUCUCUCAAAGGUGUUUAUCCCCCUGACCUCUCACUUGCCUUUCGCUGCACCUCUUUACUCACCCUUGCCCACCUAAUCUUGACAUCCCCCCCACUGUCCUUACCAACUCUGGCACAACCCCCAGCACCGUGCCAGGCUUCAGACCAAUGUCGCUAAGGCUGGAGGGGGCCAAGAGGUGCCCCAGCAGAGACCACUGGCAGUAGCUACUGGUCAAGCAUGCUGAGUUAGGGCUGUACUGGGGUGCUGAUUCAGGGAUCCAUUUCCCCGUCAGCUGUGCUACUUCACUGAUCAUGUUAUUAAUGGAAAGCUGGUAUUACAAGCUGCAUUAGUGUCUCAUUUGCUCCAGGCACAUGUUGAAUACUAUUAUUACUACACUAAAUUGUUUGGGAGUUCUUAGAGGUGUACAUGGAGAGCAGGUCCGGUUUCAGCUGCAUGUUCUUUCUUUGGCUAAAGGUGCAGACAGACAAAGUGCUGAUCCGACAGGAAGACAAACUUUUAUCUAUUUUUAUUUCAGGUUUUAUUUUUUAUUCUUUUCUUGGUAAAGAAGGCGCAGAGAUGUUAAACCUAAAUGCAUUUCUUUCAUGCUUUUGUCUAUGAUCCCAAAAAAGUCAUCUUGGGGGUAUUUGUUUUGUUCAUUUCAGGUGUUUCUAUCAGAGUGUGUCGGCCCACUGAUCAUCUACUUAAUGUUCUACUUCCGCCUCCCGUUCAUUUACUCUUCAAAGUAUGACUUCACCAGCAGCAAACACUGGGUCGUUCAGUAAGUAUCAGCUUGCUCACAGUUUCCAGGCCUAAUUGAAGUGAUGCUGCAGAGUAUCAAACAGUCCAAAGCAUUUGACAGAUGCAGACUUAACAUAACAAACACUCUAGACCGGAGCCAUAUUCCUCGUGUGAGGACUGUACAGAGCCAAGUGUAACAGACUGCAGCAGGGUAAUUUAUGAAUCAUUGCUUAAUAUCUGAGCGCGUGUCUUUCUGUCGCAGCUUGGCCUGCAUGUGUCACUCAUUUCACUACAUCAAGAGGAUUCUGGAGACGCUGUUUGUUCAUCGUAUCUCCCACGGGACCAUGCCGCUCAGAAACAUAUUUAAGGUGAUUAAGCUGCAUGAAUUUGACCUCUGUUUGUGGUCUACCGGUUAUUAUUUUUGACUGUGUUGUUUAACACGACAGUUUGACUUACAUAGUCCCUCCUGUACUCCAGAAUUGUGGCUAUUACUGGUGCACUGCAGCGUGGAUGGCAUACUACAUCAACCACCCUCUCUACACCACACCCUGUAAGUACGGGGGAGUUCUGUUCUCACUUUAACUCUUCAAAGUUGACCUCCUUUCUUAUCCUUUUUUUUUUUGUGACACUAAAAUAGAUUACGGGCAGCAGCAGGUGAACACAGGGCUUUAUAUUUUCUUGGUAAGUUUGGUUUAUUCGUGUCAUCUCCCUGAUGAUCUAUUUGUACGUGCUGAAUCACAUUUGGAUGUUUGUAUUUCUGCAGUUCUGCCAAGUGGGGAACUUUUCCAUCCAUGUCGCCCUUCGCAACCUCAAACUACUAAGUGAGCUUGUUUUUUUUUUUAAUGCACAUUUUGUUUUAUGGAUUUUUGAGUGAAUGCGACAUAUGUUUUAUCUGUUUUUAUUCAUCAUAACAGGUUCAAAAUCUAAGAAGAUUCCAUAUCCAACAAAAAAUCCCUUCACUUGGAUAUUUUGGCUGGUUUCAUGUCCAAACUACACAUAUGAGGUAAGCAGGAAAAAAACACACUCAUAUUUAUAUCAUUUAAGGUACAGGGCUUCACAGUCAGUUUAGUCGGCCACAUUUAGGUGUGUGGUCAGUUAUGUAAGAUUUAAAACAACACUUGCAUGCAUAUUUGAACCAUAAAGCAAAUUUUAAUCCACUUUUUUUAUAUAAGACACAAAGAAAUUUCCUCUUAAAAUCCUCAUUCUGUGCAGAAAUCUUUUUGAUCUAAAGCUCAGCUGAGGAUUCAGCAGGUUCACACUGUCAAAGAAGAGAUCUUCCAGAGUUAGUCUUAUAGUAUCCCCUCUUUUUGGUUUCACACCGGUAUUUUUAAAUGCAGAUAAAUCAUCUUUAUGACUGUUUUGUUCUUUAUUUUUUAUUAAAGUAAGUUUAGUCCGCAUAAAUACCCAUGCUCCUUUAUUAGCAGCACGAUUGCUGCCAUCUACUGGUUUUCUGCUGCACAUGUACCACAGAUCUCAAUAACCCGUGUUUGUGUGUGCAUCUGUGGCUGUUUGUGUGUGCGUCUGCAAACUUCUUGCUCACAGCUGGGCUCCUGGAUCGGCUUCACAGUGAUGACCCAGUGUGUGCCUGUGGCUUUUUUCACUGUGGUGGCCUUCAUCCAGAUGACAGUGUGGGCCAAAGGCAAACACCGCAGCUACUUAAAGGAGUUCAGGGAUUAUCCAACCCUGCGCUCCUCCAUCCUCCCCUUCAUCCUGUAGCGCCUGGCACAGAAAACAUGGGUUUCUACACUCGUCCAUCCCCAUUGCUGACCCGGGCCUUUUCAUGCUCUCCUCCAUUCACUGGAGGUCAGAGAGUGUGUGCUGGGAUUCACUGCAUGGAUGGAUUUUGGUGGUUUGGACUCCGAGUGAUGCUCCACAACAAGGGGUGUGAGUUACUCAGAGAGUCUGAUGAAUGCAGAACUGUUACCGGUCAAAGACGUCAGAGUUAAAAGCAGCAAAGUCUUAAUUUUAUGUUGUGUGUGGUUUUUUAGAGCAAGGAGAUGAAAAGGUAUUUUGGUACUUCAUUACUGGUUUGUUGGGAGUGUUUAGUUUCUUAAGUGUCCCAUUAUUCUUAAAGCUUUUGGCACACUGCUCACAUGGUUCCCACAGAGCUCAGAAACAAAGAGGCUAAUCUUCCUCGGUGAAAUAACGCGCAGCCUGGGGCUGACAAAUUUGUGGCUCCUGCAGGACUCUAUCAAUCUCUCUGAUGUCCAAGUGAUGUCUGAGUUGGAUAUUUUAUGCAGAUUCUAACCUUUUCCGCUUCUCUUCUUGCCCAUGCAUGGAUCAAAUGCGCUUUUGGUACAAAAAAAAAAGGUAUUACAAACAGAGAAUAAUGCUGACAGAAGGCUGAGACUGAAAUUAGAAAUGCUGUAUUAUUACAACACAAUCACAAAGCCAAAGAAGUUGUCAAAAAGACCAAGUUUCAGUCAUCUAAUCAUCGUCAGUGUAUUGUGUAUUGAGUUUAAUUUUUGUCAGUAUUGUACAGUUUUUCUCCUCAUUCUUUUGUUUUUGUACUUCUCUGAAGAACCGUGCAGAUACAGACAGAAACUAAUGGUGCUUAUAUAACUGGAUUAAAAGUUAUUCUCCCAACUGUGCAGUUUAAAUUGGGAACUUCAUUUUUUUUAAUCGUUUAAAUUUUGAACUAAAUAAUCUUGCUGUAAUAUUCUUGUUGAGAAAACACAAGCGUGGGGCUGAAAUAGACCGUUUGACAUGAUCUGAUUAAAGCAUAUGAGGAUCUCUGUGUCCCAACAGCCUCCUUAAAUGACUCUGACCCAUUGAAAGUGACUGUUCUGAUGAUCAUUACUGCUUUGACUGCGAGUUGAAUAAAGUAUCACAAAGUGAA